AUGUCGAAUCAAGACGUGGCGGCUGCGCUCGAUCGAGCCAACCCGAGCGCGUUUCAACAGCUCCUGAGCGGCUUACAGAGCGCCGAUAACGAGCAUCGUCGACGAUGCGAGAGCCUAUUCGAGGCGUGUAAGACGCACGGUGAUUCCCUGGCGGAGAGCUUGAUCGGGGCGCUUCGGACGAGCCAAGACGCGCGGACGCGGGAGCAGAGCUGCGUCUUGGCGCGAAGAGCGUUCACGUCGGAAGACGGGAAGAUGUGGGUGAAUUUGGGAGCAGAGACGCGUGAGCGCGUGAAGAGAGAAUUGUUGAACGCGUUGAGAGAGGAACCGGAGCGGAAGAUUUCGCGAAAGACGUGUGACUUGAUUUGCGAGGUCGCCGCGGGCGGUUCAGAGCGGGACGAGCCGUGGCCCGAGUUGAUGCCGUUCAUGUUCAGCGCGGUGAGCGAGGGCGGUGAAGGGUUGAAGGAGAGCGCUUUGAACGUGUUCGCGAUGUUGGCGCCAUUGAUGAGCGAGGCGUUGGUGGGGCAGAUUCCAACCUUGCACGCGACACUGAACGGGAGUUUGGCGAGCUCGGACACGCAGGUUCGAUUGGCGGCUUUAAGAGCGACCUGCUCGUUCGUUGACGCUUUGGAAAACGCGAGUGAUAGGACCAAGUUCCAAGAUUUGUUGCCGGCGAUGAUGAACACGCUGGUGGAGGCGCUAAGAGGGCAAGACGAGAGCUCGGCGCAGGAGGCGCUCGGGUUGUUCAUCGAGCUUGCCGAGUCGGAUCCGCGAUUUGUGCGCAAUCACCUUACGCAGCUCGUGGAGGCGAUGCUCAGCAUCGCCGAGCACGAAGAUCUGGAGGACGGCACGCGAACACUCGCGACCGAGUUCUUGGUGACGCUCACGGAGGCGAGAGAUCGGGCGCCGGGGAUGAUGCGCAAGGUUCCGAACUUCGUCCCUCGUCUGUACAACUGCCUUGUCUCGUUCUUGUUCAAUGACAUCGAGGACGACGAAGAUUGGCACACUGCGGAGAAUGAGGAGGACGAGGGCAGCGGUCAAGGUGAUCUCUACGACGUCGGACAAGAGUGCCUGGACCGCAUCUCCAUAGCGCUCGGUCCCAACUCCAUGCUCCCAGCAUGCGCCGCCACCAUGCCGGCGCUCAUCGGCGAUGCGGAUUGGAAGAAGCGCCACGCCGCGUUGAUCGCGCUCUCGCAGAUCGCCGAGGGCUGCGCCAAGGGCAUGAAGAAGGACGUCGUCGGCGCUAUUCAACCUUGCUUGCACGCGCUCUCCACGGACCCGCACCCGCGCGUUCGCUGGGCCGCCAUCAACGGCUUGGGGCAAAUGUGCACCGAUCUGGGACCGAGACUUCAGGAGAAGGCGCACGCUCAAGUCUUGCCUCUCCUCUUAAACGCCAUGGACGACUCAAAGAACCCGCGUUGCCAGGCACACGCGGCAGCAGCAACUGUCAACUUCAGCGAAGACUGCCCGCCUGAGUGCAUGGCUCCGUAUCUGGACAUGCUCAUGAACAAGCUCAUGACGCUUCUGCAAUCCGGGAACAAGUCGGUACAAGAGGCCGCGCUCACCGCUCUCGCAUCGACUGCAGAUAAUGCUCAAGAGUCGUUCGUCAAGUACUACGACGUCGUUCUUCCAUUCUUGAAGGCUAUCUUGACCAACGCCAACGGCAAGGAGUAUCGCAUGUUGCGCGCCAAGGCGGUGGAGUGCAUAUCUCUCGUCGGUAUGGCUGUUGGACGUGCCCGCUUCGCGGCGGACGCUCGCGAGAUUAUGCAGAUGUUGAUGCAGCUUCAGUCUGGCGGAUUCGAAGACGACGACCCCACAGUGCAAUACAUGCUUCAGGCGUGGACCCGCCUGUGCAAGUGCCUUGGCGAGGAGUUCGUCCCGUACCUCGAAAUCGUCAUGCAACCGCUACUCAAGUCGGCGAACUUGAAGGCUGAUGUUAUCAUCACCAACAAAGACGGGGACGGCGAAGAAGAGGAGGAAGAGGAGAAUGAGGAGUAUGAAAACGUCGAUUACGGAGACAAGCGCGUGUCCAUUCGCACCGCCGCUCUCGAAGAAAAGGCGACCGCGUGCAAUAUGCUGUGCUGCUACGUGGACGAACUCAAGGACGGUAUCUUGCCGUACCUCGAACAGAUCGUGCAGACGAUGAUUCCGUCCCUCGAGUUCUACUUCCACGAGGACGUUCGGCGCGCCGCCGUCACGUGCUUGCCGGAUCUUCUUCGCGCCGCCAAGAUCGCAGUGAGCAAGGGCGCGAAGGACCAAGCGUGGUUCGCUCAAUUGGUACAUCAUGUCAUUCCGCCGCUCAUCACGGCGAUGGAGAAGGAACCGGAUGUUGAGGUUCAGGCGCGCAUGCUCGAAUCGCUCGCGGAGUCCGCCGGUGAAGCCGGUGAGCACGUUCGCGAUCACCUGCCGAAGAUGCUCGAGACGUUUAAAGUGCUACUCACAGAGUCUCUCGAGCGACGCGCCGAGCGUAAUAAACGCGCGGGGACGGAUGAUUUCGAUGAAGAGGAGAUGCAAGCGCUUGAGGAGGAACAGGAGGCUGAGGACGACGUGUUCGAUCAGUUCGCCGAGUGCGUGGGAUCUUUGUUGAAGAGUUUCCACAGCGCAAUUCUCCCCGCCCUUGAGCCCCUCCUUGGUUUCAUCGUUCCUCUACUGGACAAGAACAGAACCCCUGCGGAGCGACGCAUCGCCAUCUGCGUGUUCGAUGACAUUUUCGAACACGCGAACGACGGCGGUGCAGCACUGAAAUAUUUGGACGGUUUCGUUGUUCCGUGCAUCGCCGGUUGCACUGAUAACGACGCGGAUGUGCGACAAGCGUCUGUGUACGGGGUGGGUAUCAUGGCAGAGCACUGCGGCCAAAAUUUUUCCCCGCACGUGCCCUCCGCGCUCACCGCACUCGCGAGCGUUAUCCAGGCUCCAGGAGCUCGCGAAGACGAGAACAUUUAUGCGUUCGAGAACGCCGUCGCGGCGCUUGGUAAGAUGUGCGAGUUUCAAAGUUCGGGGCUGGAUGCGAACGUGAUCCUGCCCUCAUGGUUGGCCAACCUCCCAAUAACCGAAGACAAGGUAGAGGCGAGAAACGUGCACGCGCAGCUCAUGCGGUUGCUCGAGCUCAACGGUAGCGCCAUUAUGGGCGCCUCCUUCGAGCACCUUCCUCGCGUUGUGAGCGUGCUUGCGGACGUCCUGCCCACUUCCGGUUUGAGUGCGAAGCUCCGCCUCGUCGAACCGGAUGUUGCGGCGAAGAUGAAGCAAUUCCUUGUUCAGAUGCAAACGCAAAUCCCGCAGGAGGCACUUGGGAAGGCGUGGGGCGUCUUGUCUGCAGAGAAACAAGCCGCGCUUCAGGCAGCGAUGCAAAGUUGA